AUGCACGCCGGAGGCCAGGGCUACCCGCUCGCCUCGCUCUACGUGGGCGACCUGCACCCCGACGUGAACGAAGCCAUGCUCUACGAGACCUUCUCGCCUGCAGGCCCCAUCCUGUCCAUCCGCGUGUGCCGUGACGUGGCCACCCGGCGCUCGCUGGGCUAUGCCUACAUCAACUUCCAGCAGCCGGCAGACGCGGAACGGGCAUUGGACACUAUGAACUUUGAGGUGAUCAAGGGUCAACCCAUUCGAAUCAUGUGGUCCCAUCGAGACCCAGGGCUUCGAAAGUCAGGUGUGGGCAACAUCUUCAUCAAGAACCUGGAGGAUUCGAUUGACAACAAGGCUUUGUAUGACACCUUCUCCACCUUUGGGAAUAUCCUCUCUUGCAAGGUGGUGUGCAAUGAGCAUGGCUCCCGGGGCUUCGGCUUUGUGCACUUUGAGACCCACGAGGCUGCACAGCAGGCUAUCAGCACCAUGAAUGGGAUGCUGCUCAAUGACCGCAAAGUCUUCGUUGGCCACUUCAAGUCUCGACGGGAACGGGAGGCAGAGCUGGGAGCUCAGGCCCUAGAGUUCACCAACAUCUAUGUGAAGAAUCUCCAUCCAGACAUGGAUGAGCAGGGCUUGGAGGAUCUUUUCUCCCAGUUUGGAAAGAUGGUGAGUGUGAAAGUGAUGAGGAACAGCAGCGGCCAGUCCCGGGGCUUUGGCUUUGUCAACUUUGAGAAGCAUGAGGAAGCCCAGAAGGCUGUGGACCACAUGAACAGCCAGGAGGUGAGCGGGCGGCUGCUGUACGUGGGCCGUGCCCAGAAGAGGGCAGAGCGGCAGAAUGAGCUCAAACGCAAGUUUGAGCAGAUGAAGCAGGAUCGGCAGAACCGUUACCAGGGUGUGAACCUAUAUGUGAAGAACCUGGAUGACUCCAUCACUGAUGAGAAGCUGAGGAAAGUGUUCUCUCCCUACGGAGUGAUUACCAGUGCCAAGGUGAUGACAGAGGGUAGCCACAGCAAGGGGUUUGGCUUUGUGUGUUUUUCCUCUCCAGAAGAGGCGACAAAGGCCGUGACAGAGAUGAAUGGACGCAUCGUGGGCACCAAGCCACUGUAUGUGGCACUGGCCCAACGCAAAGAGGAGAGGAAGGCCAUCCUGACCAACCAGUACAUCCAGCGCCUCUCCACCAUACAGGCCCUGGACCGCUCCCUUUUAGGGUCCUUUCAGCAGCCCAGCUACUUUCUGCCCGCUGUGCCCCAGGUGACAGUUUGCCCACAGCUCCUGCCACGACCUUUCCCCCACGACAGCCAGGAAGAGCAGGAAGAUAGAGUUUCACAGGCCAAUCCUCCAGCCCAGGCGGCAUAUUAUGGCUCUAGCUCCAUGACCCCUAUCCAGGCUACCCACAGGUGGACGGCCCAGCCACAGAGACCUUCAUCUGCCUCAGUGGUCCAGCCACCAGGCACGCUUCAGCGCUCCCGGGCCCAAGUCAGCAGUGCCAGGCGGGCAUCUGCCCAGGUUCCACGCCCAGUGCCCCACACCCAGAGAGUGGCCAACAUUGGAACCCAGACCACAGGCUCUAGCAGAACAGGCUGUUGUACACCAGGCCGGUCUCUCCUGCCAUACAAAUGUUCCUCAGCUAUGCACAAUGCCUGUGGGGUCCAGGAGCCUGCUGUGUAUGUCCCUGGCCAGGAGCCCCUGACUGCGUCCAUGCUGGCUGCAGCGCCCCUGCAUGAGCAAAAGCAGAUGAUUGGGGAGCGACUCUACCCCCUCAUCUAUGAUGUUCAUAACCAGCUGGCUGGCAAAAUCACGGGCAUGCUGCUGGAGAUCGACAAUUCGGAGCUGCUGCUUAUGCUGGAGUCUCCAGAGUCCCUCAAGGCCAAGAUUGAAGAGGCGGUGGCAGUCCUGCACACGCACCAGGCCAUGGAGCCACUAAAGGCAUACACAAACUGAAAACAGGUUGACUGGGAGUGAGGAACUGGGACAGAACAGCUGAAUCCAGCAGCUGUAGAGAAAUGGCCAAAGGCUGCCUCUCAGAAGCUUAUUGCUGGCUUUGAAGUGCCAAGGAGGUGAGGGACACUGAGGCUUAUAGACGAUACACCGACCUAUGACUACAAUGGUAGUGAAGGAGCUCUUGUGCCCUCUCCGCUGCCUGGCGUCAUGCAGAAUGGGUUGGGCUUCCCCUGGGAACUGUCUGGUUCUAUUCCGAAGGCCUGGCCUAGACCACUGCUUACCUUCUUACCCGAAGACUGGGUGUCUCCCAUACUUUAGAAGUAUGUAUUCCCCUCCUCUCCUUUUCACUCUCAGAAAAUGGAACCCUAACUUCCCUGGCUGCUACAAGUACAGCAUUUCCUGAUCACAGCUCUAAGGCCCUGAAAAUGAUAACUUAUUUCCUCAUUGUUCUGUAUCUGUACUUGAGCUUGGGCUAUGGAAGGUAGGCUACUUUCCCACUGACCACUUUUUGCUUUGUGUAUUAAAAGUGCUGCAAAAUCUA